CGCGUCUGCGCAUCCGGUUCGCUUUUGUUGCGGGCAGCACCAGGACUGGCUUCCUUCCCCCCUUCACCUGCUUGCAGGCACUGCCGUCCCGGAAUCAUGCAGCUCCGCGGAGAGAUGUGCAUCGGCUCUGCCACACUCUUAUCAUUGACGGCGCUGCUAUGCCUCAUUUUCAUGCAUGUCGGACAAAUCAACACGUCUUCCGUCCCCAGAGGCAUAGCUAUGAUCAGAGUUAACAUGUCUGGCUAUGGAGAUGGGCUAUACGCGGCUCUCAGCGAUCCCAUUGAAGGCUUAUACACGGCCAACGCUUCGGCACCACUCCAGCAGCGGGCAGGGUUGCGCAACCAUUACGAUUGGGGGUUGUAUGGCUACUGUGCCUACGUCAACUCGUCGGCCGGCACCUGUUCCAAUAUGACCGCAGCGAACCGGUUCCAACCGUACGAAGUCAUCACUUCGGACAUGCUCGGGAAUUACUCGAGUUUCACGGACUACAUCAUAACGUCCAGCACGUUCAUAGAUUCUCCUUACCUGGGGAACUUCACGAAUGGGGCAUAUUACGUGCUCCUGCUUGGUACCAUUUGCGCCGCGUUAGCGUUAAUAUGUGGCAUGCUAAAACACCCUCUUGCCUUCCUCGUUUCGACCGCCUUUGCUAUCAUUGGUAGCGCAUUUCUUCUCAUUGGGGCGGCCAUUUGGACUGUCAUCAUCAAGAAGGCCGAGUCGAUCAAUGGGUUCAUGGUUGGCAAUGCGUCAGAUCCCACACCUCUAGGUAUCACAGUCUCUAUGGGUAAUGCGAUAUACCUCGCAUGGGCAGCAUUCGCGACUCUACUCGCUUCCAUCAUACCUUAUAUGAUCAGCUGUUGCACUUUCCGCGGCUGAACCCUACGUGCUUGCGAGACCACUAUCCUCUGAAUCGAAAACAAGCGAGCAACGCGGAGGCAUCAUCUACACUGCUGCAUGUACCGAAGUUUUCUUACGACACGGGACGCCUACAUACGAAUGAAGUAACUUGUAUUUAUAUCUAAUGCCGUGGACAACAAAAUGUCGUUGAUGCUGGAUUUUCAUCUUCACAUUGGUAUACGUGGGCUGUAAGGCGUCACGCCAGGCUUGUGCAAUGAUCAGUGCAACUGGCAAGGAAAAGUGCGUGUCGACAAGAACCAAAACACUAGCCCACCGCGAGGGUCGAACUCGCAGCCUUCAGAUUGCCUGCCUACAGACAUUGUAAGAGUCUGACGC